AUGUGCCUGCCCUCCUCGCCGCCAACCCCCACCUACCGCUUUGCGGUGGUCAUGGUGAUGAGGAGGAGGCAGCCAGGCGAUGGGAACACCCGCCUGUUUGCCCACCCACCAUCCUCGCCACCUCCACCUGCCUCAUUCGCAGUGAGUGGAGCUGAUGGUGGCAAAGUGAACAGGAUUGUUCUAUCAAAGAAUGGAGAAACCUCUCAGUAUGGAAAUGACAUUUCUCAGAUUGCACUAGAUGUGGAAUUUCAGACAAAAGACAGACUCAGAUUUAAGAUCUAUGAUCCUAACAACGAACGAUUUGAAGUUCCUCUCAAGAUUGAAUCUCCUCCGCUCGCUGCUGCUGACACCAGCUAUGACAUUGAGAUAGUGAAUGAUUCAUCUCUUCGGUUUAAAAUCAUAAGAAAAGCCACAGGAACAGUGCUGUGGGACACUUCACUUGCAAAUAUGAUUUUUGCCGACCAGUAUCUUCACAUUGCAACUAAUGUCCCAUCCAGUUCUGUAUACGGGUUUGGUGAACAACAACAUCCAUCUUUUAAGCACAACAUGGAUCAUAUUACUUAUGGGAUGUAUACUAGGGACCAGUCUCCAAAGAUGUAUGCAAAUCUGUAUGGAGUCCAUCCUUUUUACAUGUGCAUAGAGAAUGAUUCAAAUACUCAUGGUGUCCUCUUCCUGAAUUCCAACGCUCAAGAUGUCACUUUGAAUCCAGAGCCAUCUUUGACCUUCCGCACAAUUGGAGGCAUCUUAGAUUUUUAUGUCUUCCUUGGCCCAACUCCAGAAAAUGUAGUCCAACAAUACACUGAGGCAAUUGGGCGUCCACAUUUUCCUCCUUAUUGGUCUCUGGGGUACCAGCUCUCUCGGUGGGGAUAUCCCAACAUUGAUGUAGUAAAGGAAACUGUCAAGCGCAUGGAGCAGUAUGGCAUCCCACAAGAUGUCCAGUAUGGAGAUAUUGAUUAUAUGAACCAUCGCCUGGAUUUCACUUACAAUAAAGAAAAUUACGCGGGACUGCCAGAGUACAUUCAAGAAAUGAAGAAAGGAGGAUUGCAUUAUGUUAUUAUUCUGGAUCCUUUCCUAACUAAAGAUGAAGCUCGAGGAACUUACCGACCUUAUGAACUUGGAGAACAAUUAGGAAUCUGGGUAAACAAUUCGGAUGGAGUAACUCCAGCUGCUGGACAGGCUUUGCCUCCAGGAUAUUCAGUGUAUCCUGACUACUUAAACCCAAGAACAGCUGAUUGGUGGACCCAGAUGUGUGUUGAGUUCCAAAAUGUCCUUCCUUAUGAUGGAAUUUGGCUUGAUAUGAAUGAACCAUCUAAUUUUCUAAAUGGCCAAUACCCAGGAUGUGCUCAUAACAAUCUCAACUACCCACCGUUUGUUCCCAGAAUUUCGGAUGAUUCUCUGUUUCAUAGCACACUGUGUCCAGAUUCUAAAACUUAUUUGGGAAGUCUUUAUAACACACACUCUCUGCUUGGAUGGUCGGAAGCACCACCAACUUUCCGAGCUAUCCAGGAAGCUACAGGAAAGAGGCCAUUUGUGCUGAGUCGUUCUACAUUUGUGGGAAAUGGAAAAUAUACCGCACACUGGCUAGGCGACAACCAUGCUCUUUGGGAAGACAUGCAUAUGUCAAUAAUUGGAAUAUUGGAGUUUAAUCUCUUUGGGAUUCCUCAAGUUGGUGCUGACAUCUGUGGCUUUUACUUUGAUACGACCAUUGAACUCUGUUUACGUUGGACACAGCUUGGUGCAUUCUAUCCAUUGUCUAGAAACCAUAAUGCGCUUGGUCAGAAGGAGCAAGACCCUGCAGCAUUUGGGAUUGAGUUUGCUGCAAUUGCACGCUCAGCACUGCAGAUUAGAUACUCCCUUCUGCCAUACUUAUACACUCUGUUCUUCGAAGCCCAUGUCUUUGGAAAUACAGUGGCCCGAGGAUUAAUGCAUGAGUUUACAGCUGACCCUGAGACUCAUGGAAUAGACACAGCUUUUCUGUGGGGACCUGCACUCAUGAUCACUCCAGUUCUUCAAGAGGCAACAAGAUCAGUGGAUGUAUAUUUCCCAGAAGCACCUUGGUUUGAUUACUAUACGGGUGAUAAAAUACCAGCCUCUUCAUACAAGAAGUAUGUCAGCAUUCCUGCCCCACUGGAAAAGAUCCCACUGUUUAUCCGAGGAGGCUACAUUUUGCCCACACAGACACCAGCCACACGAACUGCUAGGAGCCGCCUGAAUCCAUUUGAACUCAUUAUUGCUCUGGAUGAACAAGGUGAAGCCUCUGGUUCUCUCUUCUGGGAUGAUGGUGAAUCCAUUGACACAAUCGAGAAUGGAAACUAUUUCCUCGCCAAAUAUACAUACAGUGAAGCUCACUUGAGGACACGUAUUGUUCACAACAGCUACCAGGGAGUUGAUUCUCUGACAUAUGACACACUCCAGAUCCUUGGUGUUACUUCAAGACCUAAUACUGUUCUUUUGAAUGGAAAAAAUAUCCGGAGCAACGACAUACAUUACCAAGAAAAUGGGAAACUUACCAUACACUUUUUUGCACCACUUGGUGAAGAGUUGGACAUAAUACUUCAAUAGAAUACUGAAGGAAUCUAAUAAUUGUUUACAUAAUCACACCAGUAAUUUGUAUGCAUUUAUUGUGCUUUAGUUUAAUUUUAAUAAAUCAGUUUCUUGCAA